AUGCCGAACCACCAUAUUGCUGGUGCUGGAGAAGCCGAAAAAGGCUACGAACAUACACAAUAUGGCUAUGACAAGCAGACAAGUGCCACCGAGGAGCCAUUUGUGCUCGGCGCUGGCACGGUCGCUGAAGCCACCGGACGAGGAGGCGAUACACACCGUGGACUGAAGAGUCGACACAUCCAGUUCUUAGCCCUUGGCGGUGCUAUUGGAACAGGUCUCUUUGUUGGAUCUGGUGCCAUCCUUGCCCUAGUCGGUCCCGCGCCACUUUUCAUGGCUUACAUUGCCAUGAUGAUCGUUGUGUGGAAUGUGAUGAACAACCUGGCUGAAAUCGUCACCUACCUGCCCAUGAAGGGCAUCACCAUCCCAUACUUCGUCAAGCGCUUUGUCGAUCCGUCUUUAGCCUUCGCAGCAGGAUGGAACUACUGGUAUGCGUACGCCAUCCUUGUCGCCGCUGAAGCCUCCGCUGGAUCUAUCCUUCUGGAGUACUGGGAGACGCCUGUUCCCAAAGCCGUGUGGAUCACCAUAUUCCUAGUCAUCGUUCUAUUCUUGAACAUCGUUGCUGUCUCACUCUUUGGCGAGGCCGAGUUCUGGUUCGCGUCCAUAAAGUUCAUAACGAUCAUGGGUCUGAUUAUCGUCGGAUUUGUUAUCAUGUUGGGCGGGAGUCCGAAUGAUCAAGGCCGCCUCGGCUUUAGAUAUUGGAACGAACCAGGAGCUUUCAAGCCGUACCUCGUUGAGGGAAACAGCGGUAGAUUUCUGGCCUUCUGGACCGCGCUUGUCCGUGCCGGUUUCGCAUUCAUCACUUCCCCUGAGCUCAUCGCACUCAGUGCUGGCGAGACCAUUGCACCCCGACGCAACAUCCCGAAGGCUGCUGGUCGUUUCGUCUGGCGACUUGCCAUCUUCUACGGCUUCGGUUCCUUCAUCAUCGGUGUGAUUGUCCCUUCAGACGACCCAGGACUUCUCAGCCCGGAUUCCAACGCCUCCGCGUCGCCCUUUGUCAUUGGUAUCAAAAGGGCCGGAAUUGGCGGUUUGAACCACGCCAUCAAUGCUGCAGUUCUCACCUCUGCUUGGUCAGCCGGCAAUGCUUUUCUCUUCUCGGGUUCCAGAGUCUUGUACGGAAUGGCACUGAACGGUGACGCUCCCAAGCUCUUCGGCAAGACAAACAGAAACGGUGUUCCCUGGAUUGCAGUCCUCGCAACCUGGUCCAUUGGUCUUCUUGCAUAUCUGAACGUCUCCAGCACCGGUGCCCAGGUUUUUACCUGGUUUUCGAACAUCUCCACCAUCUCUGGAUUCAUCGCCUGGAUAGUUGUCAUGAUCACCUACAUUCGCUUCCGCAAAGCCAUGAUCUACAACAACAUGCUCGACCAGCUGCCUUACCGUACACCGUUCCAGCCCUACUUCGUCUGGGUCAUCCUUGUCGUCGUGUCGCUCCUGACAAUCACCAACGGUUUCGGCAUUUUCACAAACGCCAAGUGGAAUGUAUCUGAUUUCAUCGCAGCCUACAUUACGAUUCCCAUCUUCUUGGUCCUGUACAUCGGCCACAAGAUUUUCUACAGGACAGCGUUGUGUAUUAAGAUCCAGAACAUUGAUGUUGUGAGCGGGAAGAGAGAGAUGGAUGAGCUGUGUGCGAACGAUAUCUCUGGAGCCCCUGUACCUAAAAAUGUGUUCCAAAAGAUCUGGUUCUGGGUCGCUUAG